UUCAAUAUGGCGGUCGUGAAGAACUUAGGUAAGGAGGAGAUUGAGAUAACGCUAGAAGAUCAACAGCAGAUAAAUACGUUUGCAAGACAAAACACAAGGAUGGAGGAACUGAAAGUUGAAAUAGAAACGAAAAAAAAUGAUCUCAAAAAUUUGGAAGACGCUUCAGACGAGCUCUUGAUGGUUGAAGAGUCUGUGAUAUCGUAUAAAGUCGGCGAAGUUUUUAUCCAAAUGGCACAAGAGGACAUAGAAGAUCAUUUAGAAAAGGCAAGGACCAGAAUGAAAGAUGAAAUAACAAGUUGCGAAGAGCAGUUUGUAGAAAUACAAGAAGUACUGAAAUCUUUGAAAGCUAAACUUUAUGGAAAAUUUGGAAAUAGUAUUAACCUAGAGGCUGAUGAAGAAUAAAUUAACUAAUAAAGUAUAUAAUAUUAUUGGGAAAUGUUUAAUGCAAAGUCAGUUGAAAAGCAACAAAGUGAACUAUGUCUUUACAGAAAUUACCUUGAUUAA